AGCUCCGCCUCUUUAUGACAUCAUUGUCAUAUCCUUUUCAGUCUCCGUGCUGGUAACCCGGACGUUGUCACGACCUGUUUUUUUACUGACAAUCCAAAGCAUUGAAGAGGUUUGAUGAAACAUGAGAUCAAAAUAAGGGUGGCAGGUAAAGAGGGAGGAACACCGAGAGGUGCUGUAUUCACCAGCGGCGGGGUCGAGAGAUAAUACCCAGACAGCGGCUGUGGACAGGACAAGUAUCCGCGGAGAACUGAGGGAAGCAGACUGACCGCACACGGCUCCAGAGCGAAGGACAGCUUAUCGAAGCGGGCUGCUUCAUCGAGGUGACGGUCUCAACAUCCAUUCAUUAAUGGUUGACAGGUAUCCGUGUGCUGCCGAAAUUCAGCCCGACGCCAGUUACUUGAUGUGAAAGCAGCAGCACAAUGCCUGUGAACCUGAAGUUUCUGUCUCUGGGAGUCCUGGUCUUCCAGACCACCAGCCUGGUCCUGACCAUGCGCUUCUCUCGCACGCUGAAGGAAGACGGGCCCCGGUACCUGGCUUCAUCCGCCGUCGUCGCUGCGGAGCUCCUGAAGAUCGGGGCCUGUGUUCUACUGGUCUUCAAGGACACUGGCUGCAGUUUGACGGCGCUCAACAGAGUUUUACAUGACGAGAUUGUAAACAAGCCAAUGGAAAGCCUGAAGCUGGCCGUCCCAGCAGGGAUUUACACUCUACAGAACAAUCUGCUUUAUGUUGCCCUUUCCAAUCUGGAUGCAGCCACUUAUCAGGUCACAUACCAGCUGAAGAUUCUCACCACAGCUCUAUUCUCGGUGUCAAUGCUUGGAAAAAGGUUAAAUAUUUAUCAAUGGCUCUCCCUGGUGAUUUUAAUGAUUGGAGUAGCGUUUGUUCAGUGGCCCUCAGACUCUGUGGACUCGGCUCAGAAGGACCUGUCCACAGGCUCACAGUUUGUAGGACUCGCGGCCGUGCUGACAGCCUGCUUCUCCAGUGGAUUUGCUGGGGUUUAUUUUGAGAAAAUCUUGAAGGAAACGAAGCAGUCUGUGUGGAUUAGAAACAUUCAGCUUGGUUUGUUCGGUGCCGUAUUUGGGCUCAUGGGCGUCUAUGUGUAUGAUGGGGAGCGAGUGCAGGAGCACGGGAUGUUCCAGGGAUACAGCGCUCUCACCUGGGCCGUCGUGUCACUUCAGGCUUUGGGAGGGUUAGUUAUAGCAGCUGUCAUUAAAUAUGCUGACAAUAUUUUGAAAGGAUUUGCAACCUCCCUAUCCAUCAUCCUUUCUACACUGAUUUCAUAUUUCUGGUUACAGGAUUUUGUGCCAACAAGUGUGUUUUUCUUUGGAGCAGUGCUGGUAAUAGCAGCUACAUUUUUAUAUGGGUAUGAAGUCAAACCUGCAGCUAAUCCAAGCAAAGCAUGAAGAACAGUGUGAGGGUCUGCAGGAGUGCAGCCGCAUGGAAACUGGAAGCUACAACAUGUACAGCAAGACUGCGUCGCAGAACCCUGUGGAGCCGUGUGCUCAGCACAUCAGAGCAGCCCUCUGGGUGAAGAACAAGCACAGGGGAUAAUGACAAGAGGAACGCAGAGUCUUCAACAACCACAAUAUUAUAUAAAAAGAGGAAAACAUUUUAUAAAUGCUCCUCGAAGCAUACAGUAACAAACCUCCAUUUUAGUCUUGUGGUUUUAAAAUGAUUCUGUGCUUUUAAAAUGAUUAAAGUGAAAAUGGUAUGGUGGAAAAAAUGGGUGUUUGCUAAAAUAGUGCUAUUAUAAAAUGUGCACACAUCACUGUCACUGUGCAGCUGUUAUAAAAUGUGCACACAUCACUGUCACUGUGCAGCUAUUAUAAAAUGUGCUCACAUCACUGUCACUGUGCUGAUAUUAUAAAAUGUGCACACAUCACUGUCACUGUGCUGGUAUUAUAAAAUGUGCUCACAUCACUGUCACUGUGCAGCUAUUAUAAAAUGUGCUCACAUCACUGUCACUGUGCUGAUAUUAUAAAAUGUGC